AUGAUGCGUCGCCGUAUGAAGCUCUUAGUGCUUCUAUUCUGCCAGGGGAAUGGGAAAGUCCGAAUGUUUCUUAGGACAAAGAAGAAAAGUGGGGUAGCCACUGGACGACACGCCGUUCGUUUUAAGACAGCCAAGACACGACACCAACAAAAAGCUCGAAUUUCCCACAAUUUCAGAGCCGCCAAAGCGCUCCUCGCUCGCAAACGCCCUCUCGACUGCACCACCCCCGCCGUGGCAACCGCAAAUUCUCCCCGUAAAUUGCCUCACAAAAUUAACGACGUAAUUUCACUUAAAUCACCGAGAUUUCCUCUUGCGGAGAUAUCUAAUAACACGCCGCCAUCACGAUUUUCGCAAGACAGUGUCUCACGAGUGUCGGAGUUAGUUAAUGGUAGUGAUGUAGAGAGUAAAUGUUUAUUGGAUUCUUUUAUUACUCCGGUGAAAAAGUCAGACGGUUCGGGUUUUAGUUGUAGUAUUUUAGACGAUGAUGAUUUUGAUGAGUCUAUGUUGGAGGAAAUUGAUGCGAUUUGUGAGCAGAAAUCUGUUGUAAAAUCAGAAAAGGGAAGUCCGAAUAGGACUUUUUGUGUUGAAAGUGACUGUUAUAAGGAAAAUGCGAGUAGUUUAGCUAGUUCGGAGUCUGCUGUGCUGGGCUUCGAGAGUGAAGAUAAGAGUAUUUGUCAGGCAAUGCAGUAUGGGAAUAUGCCUGGAGAAUAUGUAAAGUACUUGCAUGGUUUGAAUGAUAGGCAGCGUGAAGCGGCUUGUAGUGAUAUUUCGGUUCCUUUGAUGAUUGUUGCUGGUCCAGGAAGUGGAAAGACUUCUACAAUGGUCGGGCGUGUUUUGAUGCUGCUCCAUGAGGGAUUUAGUCCAUCCAACAUUCUGGCAAUGACUUUCACAACAGCUGCAGCUGCUGAGAUGAGAGAUCGGAUUGCAGCAGUGGCUGGAAAGGCAAAAGCUAAAGAACUUCUGAUUAGCACGUUCCAUUCCUUUUCUUUGCAACUUUGUUGUUCACAUGCAGAGAAGUUAGGCCGCACAUCAGAAUUCUUGAUAUAUGGACAUGGGCAUCAGAGAAGAGCAAUUAUUGAGGCUGUGAGGUUAUUAGAAAAGGAAAAGAGCAGUCUACAAAAUGAUGAUGCCUGCAAACAUGCUAAAGAUUCUAAAGAUAUAAUGUCUCCAGAGUAUUUCAAGGACAAGUCAAAGAAAUGGCAAAAGUUCGUGACUCAGGCUAAAGCUUCUGGAAAAACUCCUGCAGAUUUCCAAAAAAGGGGUGAUGAAAUUGGAGCAGCAAUUCUUGAGAACUACAAUGGCAUAUUAAGAUCUUGUAAUGCUUUGGACUACCAUGACUUAAUCAGCUGUUCUGUGAAGUUGCUCACUGAUUUUCCUGAAGUAUUUGAGGAGUGCAAAGAUUCAUGGAAAGCCAUUGUGAUAGAUGAGUUCCAGGACACAAGCGCCAUGCAAUACAGGCUUUUACGAUUUCUUUCAUCUCAUAAUCAUAUAACUGUUUCCAUUUUCAGUUUCAAUGGAGCUGACAUUUCGGGGUUUGACUCAUUUCGUCAUGAUUUUCCAAAUUACAAAGAGAUUAGACUCAAUAAAAACUAUCGGUCCACACGCUAUAUUGUUGAGGCUGCAUCUUCUCUUAUUCAAAAUAACUUGAAACGAUGCUGUUUCAAGGAUGUUCUUACAGAUAAUGCUUGUGGAUCUAAGAUAGCUAUCAAGGAAUGCCAAAAUGAGCAUGCAGAAUGUGCAUUUGUUGUUGACAAGAUCUUGGAAACUGCAUCUGAUGGUUCACUUUCUAAGCCAUCGUAUGGAAGUAUUGCUAUUCUUUACAGGAGGCAGGUAUCAGGAAGGGUAUUUCAAUUAGCAUUUCGUGAGAGGAAAAUACCAUUUAAUGUUCAUGGGGUGGCUUUUUAUAGGAAAAAGGUAGUUAAAGCCAUCAUUGCUAUGCUUAGAACAACAUUGCCGGGCUGUGAUGGUGGCUCAUAUCGUCAAGUUUUCAAGGUUUUGCUUCCUUUUGAGAAGGAGGAGAAAAAGAGGGUUAUUGAUCAUGUUGAUAAAAUAUCAGUGAUCCGAAAAUGUAGCUUUGUAUCUGCUGCCUGUGACAUUUUUGGUGCAAAGAUUUCUGGUACCUUCAAGAGGAGUCAACUCACACAGGGACGCAAGGUGUUGUCAACACUAGAGAUGAUUUCCAAACUUGUUCACAGGGAACAGUCAAUUUCAGCUGUUAUAACUUCAGUGGCAAAUAUGGUUCCUCAGAAAUACCUUAUUGAGCAACGGGCUGUGGUUGAUAGUGAUGGAGGGAAAUUGCUCAAUGAAGACAAUGACCUCAGAUCUGUUCUUCAGUAUUUAUUGGAUGAUGUGUCUGAUGUUUUAUCUAAGCAAGCUGCUGCCAAAGAAGGGGAGAGUGAAGCUGUACAAGAACAGAAGGGUUGUGUUAGAUUACUCAAAGAGUUUAUUGACUACAUAACAGAACGGGAGAAAGAAAAUUUUCGUUCUCUAAGACAUGAUAAUGAAAAUUCUGUAACUCUGACUACCAUUCAUCAGUCCAAGGGCUUAGAGUGGGAUGUUGUUUUCAUAGUAAAGUUAAGUGCUCUAGAUGUGGUGUUUGAAUUUGAUGUACCUGGAUCAUUUUCUGUUGAUGUACUAAGGCACAACUGCCCUCUAAACAUUUUAGUGGAGAACACCAGCAAACUUGAGAUGAAUAGUGGUGAUGAAUUAUUGGUAAAUGAAUCUGAGAUUCCUCUGUUGCAUGAAUUUAAUGGCAGUGCAAAGGAAAAUGGGACCACACUUGAGGAGGAACGACGUCUAUUCUACGUGGCAAUGACUCGUGCUCGAAAGAAACUUUUCAUCAUGUAUGUCGUGACGGAUUCAAAUUGGCAGAUGCUUCAACCAUCACGUUUUCUCAAAGAGAUACCAGAUCAUCUUCGGGAGAUUCAGGCUGAAGUAUGUCUACAAGAUUUACAAACAAAACAUCAAGAGAUCCGAAAUGAAACCGUUGACUUUCCCAUUGAUCUACCAAAGGAAAAGCAAGUUUCUGAAGUAGAAACAGAGUCAAAUGAUUUCCUUAAUAAAGGGAUAAAUGAGGCUUCAAAAGAGUCAAUGCAAACAAUUGAUAUAUACAAUGCAAAUAUUUUCUUGAAAAGAUUUGCUGUUGAGGACAGAUCAGUUGUUUCCCACUUAUUCCAUCAAUGGGCCAAGAAACAAGCAUUCCAAAACCCUAAGAGAUUGCUUAAUAAGGUCAGCUUUGUUAUUGAUGAACGCUUGAGGGAUGUUUUGCGUGCAUUGAAAUCCUGCUUGAGCUGUGAUGAGGCUUUUCAGUAUGCAGAACAUGUGCUGAGAUGGGAGCAAAUUCCUGCCGAUCAACGUGCUCAUUUGAUGCGGGAGAAACAGGCUCUUAGCUCUUCCAAAUUUACGGCACGGAGGAGUGAGGGGAGCGACUGA